AAAAUUUCAUACUAGAACAAUAGUUCUUUAAUGGCAUGCCUAAAAAUCCUACUAUUUUUCCUCUUCAUGAACAUUUCUUUUGCCCAAAAAGACACAAUUUUUCAAGGCCAACACCUUAGAGUUGGAGAAAAAUUGGAAUCAGCAAACAAGGAAUUCAGACUUGAGUUUUUUAGCCUUGAUGCCAAUAAAACACAUUAUAUUGGCAUAUUCUACAAUUUACCUUCUAACAUGACCUUAUUCCCCGGUGAUGAUCGCCCCGUUUGGGUUGCAAAUCGCGAUAAUCCGAUACAAUAUGCAUCAGGUAACACUCUCACAUUGGAUGAUGGUGGAAAUUUGAAAAUUUUCUAUAGAGGGGAUAGUUUUAUUAUGUUAAGUUCUUAUAAUGUAACAUCAAGAAAUGCAAGUGCUACACUAUUUGACAAUGGGAAUUUUGUGUUGGUGGAAUUGAAUACUAAUGGUUCAGAGAAUAAAACAUUGUGGCAAAGUUUUGAUUAUCCUACUGAUACACUAUUACCUGGGAUGAAACUUGGGAGAAAUGUUAAAACAGGACAGAUAUGGUCACUGACUUCUUGGAUAAGCAAAGAUGUACCUGCCUCGGGGUCUUUUACGAUUGGUAUAGACACGAAUGACAUUGACCAAUUGAUAAUAUGGUGGAUGGAAAGUGUGUUUUGGAUGAGUGGACGCUGGGGAAAUGAGACGUUUGUCAAUGUACCGCGAGUAUCACACUAUGAGUAUGUUAACUUGAAUUUUGUUUCGACAGAGGAUGAGAAGUAUGUGACUUAUUCGGUCAGUGAGACUCGAACUUUGUCUAGAUAUGUAAUGGAUACAUUUGGUUUUAUUAAGGAAAGAGGAGCAGCAGGACCUUUUGGGGUGUGUUUUUACAAGCCUAGUGCUGGUUGUGUUGUGACAGAAGAAUCGAUUGGGUGCUCGAUCAGAAACGAUUCGUGGUUCAAGAGGAGUCCAAAUAGUGUCUCUGGUAAUAGAUUUAGGUUUGCAAACAACAACAUGAGUUUAUUUGAUUGCAAGAGACAGUGUGAGAAAAACUGUUCUUGUGCUGCUUUUGCCACUGUCACAGCUACUAGAACUGGUUGUGAUAUUUGGAGUAACGUAUCGAUUUUGAAUUCAGUUGAAUCAGAUGUUUUCAUUCUUGCUGAUGAAAGAGAUUUGGUGCCAAUAAGAAAUCGGAACAGCACAGAUGUACCAAGCACAGUCUCACUUCCUCCAGAUUUAGCACCAGAACCAUCUCCUAAUUCAACGUCAGGAUCGUCUAAAGGAACUUCAAGAAAAUGGUGGGUAUGGCUUAUAGCUGCAAGCGGUUUGACACCAUUCGUAGGAUUUUUCGCCCUAUGCUACUUUCUACACGGAAAAGGGAAAGCAAAAGCAACAGCUUUGCUAUUGCUUAAUCAAACAGCAAAUAUAUCUAAAAAGAGAAAAAUAGACAAGAAAAUGAGCCAUGAAGUGCAGUUAUACAGCCUCGAGAGCCUAGCAAUCGCCACAGACAAUUUUUCACCAGGAAAUAAGCUCGGGGAAGGUGGAUUCGGACCAGUAUACAAGGGAGAAAUGCCUGAUGGGCAAGAAGUAGCUAUAAAAAGACUUUCGACUAGUUCAGGACAAGGCCUAUUGGAAUUCAAGAAUGAAAUUCUAUUGAUUGCAAAACUUCAACAUACUAACCUUGUUAGGCUUCUAGGAUACUGUACUCAACGCGAAGAACGGAUUAUAGUUUAUGAUUACAUGCACAACAAAAGCCUAGACUUCUUCCUCUUUGAUAUUAACAAAAAGGAGCUACUAAAUUGGGACACACGAUUCAGAAUCAUCGAAGGGAUUGCUCAGGGUAUACUGUAUCUGCAUAAAUAUUCAAGGUUGAAAGUGAUUCAUAGAGAUUUAAAAGCAAGCAACAUCUUACUUGACGCGGAAAUGAAUCCAAAGAUAUCAGACUUUGGCAUGGCGAGGAUAUUUGGAACACAAGAAUCUGAAGCAAACACGAAAAGAAUUGUUGGAACACAUGGCUAUAUGUCUCCAGAGUAUGCCUUGAGAGGCAUUGUUUCAACGAAAACGGAUGUAUUCAGCUUUGGAGUUUUACUGUUAGAAAUUGUUAGUGGCAAGAAAAACAACAGCUGCUAUGAUUCCGAACAUCCAUUAAACCUUAUAGGACUGGCAUGGGAAUUGUGGAGAGAAGAGAGAGCUUUGGAGCUAAUAGAUGCAACACUAAUUGAAUCAUGCUCGCGCGAUGAAGUAAUGAGAUGCAUUCAUGUGGGACUCCUUUGUGUGCAAGAUUAUGCAAAAGAUAGGCCUUCAAUGUCAAAUGUUGUUUCAAUGCUUAUGAAUGAUACAAAACAACCACCACCACCACCAGAACGACCAGGGUUUUUCAUCGAGAGAGGGGAUCAACAUGCAGAGAUCUCCGAAGAAGUAGUCAGAUACUCGAUAAACGGGCUAUCAAUAUCAGAGUUGAGAGCAAGAUAA